ACAAUGAAAAAAGUUGGACUCCUUGGAGUGCUACUGUUACCACAGGCAAAAUCGUCAUUGGGGUGUCAUGCUCAUGCUAAUAUUGUGAAAGAGCAGGAGAAAUGCAUGACACAUCUGCAACUUUUAAAUUCACAGAAAGCAGAAAACAUCAGUGUCCCCUGUGAGGGAAUGUGGGAUGACCUGAACUGCUGGCCGCCUGCGUCUCUUGGGGAAACUGUCUCUCAGCCAUGUCCAAACCAUUUUUCUGAGUUUUUCAAUGCAGAAGGUAAAGUGCAUCGCAACUGCACUGCCAGUGGCUGGACAGACCUGCUCGUCCCACACGAAGACGCUUGUAGCUACACUUUGAAUGAGACGCUCCACUUUUUUGCAGAGGCCUCAGAUUCCCAUUUGUAUUUCUCAUACGUGAGGACCAUGUACACUGCUGGAUACACGCUCUCUCUCAUCACCCUCACCAUCGCCAUCGCCAUAUUCUGCCUGUUCAGAAAGCUGCACUGUACCAGGAACUACAUUCACAUCCAGAUGUUCAUCUCCUUCAUCCUGAGAGCCGCCUUCAUCUUCAUCAGGGACUCUCUGCUAUUCACUAAUGAAGAGCUCUACCACUGUGACUACUACCCGGUGGCGUGCAAGGUCGUGCUGAUGUUUUCCAACUACUCCAUCCUGGCAAACUACAGCUGGCUGCUGGUGGAGGGUCACUUCCUCUUCACCCUGGUGAGCCGCUCCUUCUUCUCCCUGAGGAAACACCUCACCUGGUACAUCAUCCUAAGCUGGGGUAUACCACUGAUUGUUAUUAUCUGCUGGGGGUGUGCCAAGUAUUCCUAUGAAGAUGAGGGCUGUUGGGAAACCAGGACACACGUAUGGAUUUGGUGGAUCCUUCGAGUGCCAGUUCUUCUGACUAUAUCUAUGAAUCUGGUGUUUUUCUUGGGCAUCUUGAGGAUACUGGUGGGCAAACUCAGAAUGUCAGAUGCGCAGAGGAGUGAAUUCAGCCAGUAUAAGAGGCUCAUCAAGUCCACCUUCUUUCUGGUGGCUCUGUUUGGUCUGCAUUACAUCCUGUUUGUUUUCUUGCCUGUCGAGGUCAGCAGCUCAGUGUUUAAGAUACGGACCUUUGCAGAGCUGGCGCUGUCAUCCACACAGGGUUUUGUGGUGGCCGUGCUCUACUGCUUCAUGAACGGAGAGGUGCAGCACGAGUUUCAGAGGCGGUGGAGGAGGUGGAGGCUGACCCAGCACCUCCCCAGUCGGCCCAGGCAGCAGCACGGCUCCCUCAGCCACAGCGGGUCUCCUCAGACACAGGUCUCCCUGCUGCCCUGGUCGUCGGGCCGCCCGGUGGAAACCAUGGAGAUGUGA